GCUGUCAUCAAAAUGCAGACAAACCUGUUGCGUAGCUCUACCUCGUGUACCAUCUGACGUGUAGCUGUACCUCGUGUACCGUGUAAAAUAUAUUUGUACCAUGUAAGGUGUAGCUGUACCUCGUGUACCACGUGAAGUGUAGCCGUACAUCAUGUACCACGUGAACUGUAUGUAUAGUUGUACCUCAUGUACCUGCUGACGUGUUGCUGUACAUUGUGUAUGAUGUAAAGUGUAUCUGUACCACGUGAAUUGUAGCUGUACCUCGCGAACCAUGUAAAGUGUAGCAGUACCUCGCGUACCAUGUGGAGUGUGUCACGUCUCACCUCACCUGUAAACAGAAUAUUCACGAACUUAAUACAGCAACACAGGUGACUGAAGGAUUUACAGUGUUCAGAGUUAUCGUUUACUCUCACGACUCAUGCUUUUCUCAUCUUAAAAAGUAAUAUAUUUUAUAAACCCUAGAAAAUAAUAACAUAAAUAAGCCCUACACUGGCGAGGUAGUGAUUGGAGUUAGACUCGCCCAGAUAGUUACGAGUGCUUGGCAGGAUAUACAAACUUAGAAUUCCUACCAGAGGAGUCGAGGAUGGCUCCCCCGAGGAAGAUCUCCCACUCUUGCUCUGCUGGGGUGCUGCCCACCUUCGCCCAGCUGAAAAUGGGCGGGGAUGGGGUGCUGCUGGUGCCGGCGCCCACCCGCCUACCAUCAGCCCACCACGGCUACGCCCACAUCCCUCACGGUACACAGCUACUGAGGGUGUGGGUGGAGGUGCGUGGCUCAGGCCUCCACGUGUACCCCCACCGGGCCUCCUCCAUCCCCUCCCUGGUGGUGCCUCACCUCCACCUCUGUCACGUCACCGUCGCACCUCACACUACCAGCAGCUCCUACCGCGUCCAGAUUUCCCUCAAGGGUGAGGAGCAGGUGAGUCUAUUUCUUCAAGCUGAGUCGGAGGCCAACGUCUGGGCCGCCAUGUUGAGGGUCACCGCUGUCAAGCGCUCUCUACAGCUCGAGGGACUCAACCUGGAGUGUGGAACUGCAGGUGAACAUGACCCAGGGAGCGGGGACUCGUGUGAAGCCGAGAGCCAAGGGGAGGAAGAGGAGGAGGAGGACGUGGGAGGACAGGGCGCGUCGCUGCUGGAGACCGCGGCAGAAGGCGGGGAAGGCAAGGUCCGCCUCCGUCGCCCGCGUCUUCUCUCGCAUGACAGUGCCCGCGACGACGCCACCAGGAAGGAGCUGCUUCAGCAGAUGUUGGCCACAAAGUCGCUGCUGGAGAAGAAGCAGAAAAAUCGGCGGUCUGGGGCGGGGGCGUGGUUGGUGACGGCGGGGGAGGUGGCCAACGAGUACGACCGAGCACAGCACGAGGCACAACAAUCAGCCCUCAGGAAGGUCGUCAUCCUCCGCCAGCGCAAGAACUCCACGGCCAUCAAGAUGGCGACGCUGGAGAGGCAGCAGUCAUCGAAGAAGACCCGUGAGGUGGCAGACGUGUCAGUGCAGCUGGAGGCUUUAAGGAACAGGCUUUCCUCCUUGGACACUCAGCUGAGGGAGAGUGAACAGGACACCGAGAGGAUGCUUCAGGACCUGGAGCACAGGCGCAACCAGGAGCUACACCUCAUCAAAGACCUUGGCGGCGUCGACGAAGACCUCGGAGGCGAGCUGGGGGACGUGACAAAGGGAUCUGGGAGCGACGAAGGCAACCUGCUGAAGGGUUCACAUGGCGGCUCAUUCAUGGGCUCUCUCUCCUCCAUCCCCUCCAUCGUCGUCUCCUCCAGUGAGAGAAAAGCUCCUGAAAAAUUCUUUGGGAUCAAGGUAGGAGGGCGAGAGGGCCGGCUGAAGGGACGUAACCCACUGCACUUCCUGGACCUGAAGCUUCGAGUGUCGCGCCGUCACAAGAGCACCGAGUGUCUUACCACACCCAGCCAAACCCACCACACCCCUGACAGGUCGCACAGCAGCACUCCAGCCAACGGGUCUUGCAGCGACAACAGUAGUGACGAUGAGCUUGACCACCAGCAUCAACGGCACCAACAACAGAGCCACCACCAGCUCGGGGCAACAUCGGUCAAGACGGAGAUCAGCAAAGAGGCAAUACAGGAGAUAGAGGCCUUUAAGGAGUUGAUUCAACGAUACUUUGCCACACAUCCUCGACACGACAGCAUCACGGCUCACUCGCAUGAGAUCAUCCUCUAGCAGCGAUAGGUAGCAAGACAGCUUCUGUUAGUAGGGUUUGGGAGCCCUUGUAGCAGUAGCGUAGGCUACAAGACUUUGCCAGCAGGGACACAGUGCUGGGGUAACGUUGGGUCAACGUUAAGGGGGCGGAUUACGAAAAUAUGCACAAAAUGAAAACUGGUUCGAUUUCAAUCUAACUUUUUUGACUAGUUAUAUAUAAAAUUGGGCUCAACUGGUCCAAGUCUCAGCAUCGUAGCAUAAAUAGGAGGGGAGAAAAAAAAUUGAAUUAUGU